GCGGGAGAGAGAGAGAGGGAGAGAGAGAGAGGGAGAGAGAAGGAGAGAGAAGGAGAGAGAGCGGGGGCGCAAAGUAUUAUCAUCAUCAUCAUUACAUGCGAUCGGCUUCAGAACGCGCUGGCGUUAAGCAGCAUUUGGUGUCUUGCUGAGCAGAGGAACGAUACGCUGGUAUCAGAAGUGACCACUGAUCCUGGACCAAGCCCUCUGGAUCCAGCGGGAUAACGAUAAACAGUAUGAGCGGCGAACAGGAGAAGAACCAGCGGCUUCUGCAAGAUCUCCUCAAGAGACCCGGCAACAGCACAUGUGCGGACUGCGGCUUUGCAGACCCGGACUGGGCGUCGCUCACCCUGGGUGUGUUUGUGUGUCAGAGCUGCUCCGCCUUCCACAAGGCCUCGCCGAACAUCAGCAGGGUCAAGUCCUUGUGCCUGGAACCUUGGCAAGCCAGCGAGGUUGAGUUCAUGGCCUCAACCGGGAACGACGCGGCGAAAGCCAAGUAUGAACAGAAGGUGCCGCCAUUUUAUUACCGGCCCACACACACCGACAGCCAAGUUCUCCGGGAGCAGUGGUUCCACGCCAGGUAUGAGAGGAACGAGUUCAUGUACAUCGAGAAGCAGGAGCCGUACUCAGCAGGGUACCGAGAGGGGUUUCUAUGGAAACGAGGCAGAGACAAUGGGCAGUUCCUGAGCCGAAAGUUCAUCCUCUCUGAGCGGGAAGGGACCCUGAAGUACUUCAACAAGCAUGACGCGAGGGAACCCAAGGCCGCCAUGAGAAUCGAGACCCUCAACGCCACCUUCCGGCCAGCUAAAAUCGGGAGCCCCCACGGCCUCCAGAUCACCUACCUGAAGGACAACAGCACCAGGAACAUCUUUGUGUACCACGAGGACGGCAAGGAAAUGGUGGACUGGUUCAAUGCCAUCCGGGCGGCUCGAUUCCACUACCUCCAGGUGGCCUUCCCUGGUGCGAGCGAUGCUGACUUGGUGCCGAAGCUAACAAGGAACUUUAUUAAGGAAGGUUUUAUGGAGAAGACGGGUCCCAAACAAACAGAGGGUUUCAAGAAAAGGUGGUUCACCAUGGACGACAGGAGGCUGAUGUACUUCAAAGACCCCCUGGAUGCCUAUGCCCGGGGGGAGGUGUUCAUCGGCAGCAAGGAGAACAGCUACGCGGUGCAGGCCGGCCUGCCGCCCUCCACGCAGGGUCAUCGCUGGCAGCACGGCAUCACCAUCAUCACCCCGGACAGGAAGUUCCUGUUCGCCUGCGAGACAGAGGCGGAGCAGAAGGACUGGAUCGCUGCCUUCCAGAGGGUCAUCAACCGGCCCAUGCUGCCGCAGGAGUAUGCAGUGGAGGCUCACUUCAAGCACAAGCCUUGAGGGUGUGGAUGGUGAUUGUACUGGGACUGGAGAAGGACCAUUCUGUAGCAUGAAGACCGGGUGGGGGGAAAGGGGAGGGACGUCUUGUCAGCUUGUCAUCUGGACUCAGGUGACAGGUGACGUUGAAGGACCCGGGGGAGGGAGGGGAGGACUAACAGAUCUGGGAGUCUGACACCCGUGCUCAUGGUGAGCCAGGAGAGGGGGAGGCGAGAGCCCAGGAAGGAGGCUGACAAAGCCACAGCUAUGGAGAUCCGCUCCCACCCCCGGGGAUCCGCUCCCACCCCCGGGGAUCCGCUCCCACCCCCAUCUCCUCCUCGCCAGCCUCAUUCUGUCACUGCCCCGUCCUUCCUCUCUGGCGUACGAUGCCUCCUCUUUCCACACUGCGAGUGCGAGACCUCAACAUGCGAUGGGAUGAGUUGUCAUAACCCGAAGUUAUAGCGGAAAACUAGCCAUGACGCACGCCAAGCAUUAGGCGCCAGUACAGCCAAAGAGAUCGCUGUCGUGUUUUUAAAAAUAAAUAUCAGUGGCAUUUCUGCACGCCGCUAAUAUUUCAUAAAAAGGCAAUGCGCGUCGGUACUGGGUCUGACGACAGCCCUCCCCCUUUAAAAACCUGAUUGACCUCUGUACAGGGUUGUAAAUGUAGUCAUACUCAUACAGUAUUAAAUUACUGUGAAUCUAGUUGUGUGCCGCUUGCGCACUGUUUGCUGUCCUAAAGUCGGUACAAACAAUAUCAUUUAUACUACGACUUACGGUCACAGUUCUCAAUAUACGUUAAACAGCAACGCAGCUAAAUAGAAACACGGGCCACGUUUGACAAGCGUUCCUUGCUGUUAUAUGUUUUCAACACUAGAGGGCUCAACUCACAACCCCAGAACUACGAUACAGGCGAAUAUAAAGAAUUAUCAAUAAAUUAAUUAUGCUUUUUAAGUGGAGACUGAAAACAUUCUUCGUGAUUAAUGCUUUUGACGCGAUUUUCCUGAUACUAAAAACAGAUCAUUCUAUAUGACAUUAUCCCACAGAUUCUGACAUGUGGCCAGUAUUAGUGAAAAAACAUCGAAGCGUUUCUCACUUGUCCCGUUUAUUCUGGAAGUUUUAUUUACUAAUCUACCAUAGAAUCCAAAUUAUCAAACUCAAUGAGUCUUACGUUCCAUGGUGUCACGGGGGGAUUUAAUAAUAGACUACUUACACUUUUUGUAUGCUUGUUAUGAAAGAGAUAAGCACUGCGCAAACCACCCAUAUUCUGUUCUCUAGUCGGUGCAUAUUUAUUUAUUUAUUGAUAAACAUCUUUCCAUUCCUAAACUGAAAGAGAUGUUAGCGAGAGAAAUUAUUAAAUGCGUACGGCUAUUUCGUCCAUCAGACAGAAUCAAUAAAAAGACUAAUGGAAAAUUCA